CAGGGCAACAUUGAGCGUGAGUGCAAAGAAGAAUUCUGUACAUUUGAAGAAGCAAGAGAAGCUUUUGAAAAUAAUGAAAAAACUAGGUGUGUUUCGCCAUGUUGCCCAGGACGGACUUGAACUCCUGGGUUCCAGCAAUCUGCCUGCCUUGGCCUCCCAAAGUGCUGAGAUUAUAAGAGGUCCAGUGCAAGUUGGUGGUGACAAUGAUGAGGGGAUGUUCUCCAUAAGUUUUCCAAAGUUCCAGGCUCCUUCUCCAAAUUGGAUAUGUCAUAUUGUAGGGUCUGUUCCUCUUCUUCACUCGAGACAUGGAUUGCACAGGGUGUGUCCUGUAAACUAGGCCUUAUUUGGCCAUACAUCAGUUAUUUUCAUAUUCCAAUAGCCAGAAAUCAGUACAUGUCCCCAUCAAAUCACAAGAGUAGCUUGAAAAAUAUGGUUUCUUGUGGACCAAGAUGAAAACAAAUAAGCUUUGGUGAAGUUAUUCUGCCACAGUGAGUUUCUCUAAUUGGAAGAUUUGAAAAGUACUAUCAAGUUCAUUUUGCUACAGACCUAAGUUUGUUUUUCAGUGAGCUGAGUCCUGUGUCUACUAAUUGGUUUCAAAUUCAGCAGGGAAGACAUGAGGAUUAGUUAUUGAGUACCUAAAACUGUGAACAUACAGGACUUUUCGAAGUAAAUUUUAAAAACUGAGUCUUUACUCUGGUGUUUAAGCUUUGAUCCUCAAAACAUAUCUGAAAUCACAUUCCCUAUCAUGUGGAGUCAUCUCUCCUGCAGAGAGAAUUAAGCUUCAGGGUGCAGCAGACAUGGAUGAGCAUAUAAAGGGAAGCUGACAUCUACCUAGAAGACAGAUCCACUAAAGUUUUCCAAUGCCAGAGAAAUGCCAUGCUUUGGGCAUUUGGAAUAGUUCCUACUCUGCCUGGGAGCUCUAUACCUUUAUCUCCAAAGGAGAUGAGCACUCCCUAAUUGACACACUCCACCCUCCUGUUCGUGGGAGAAUCCUAUUGGUCACCCAGACUCACAACUGUGCAUUCGAUCCAUGCUCAUCACCGAGGCUAACCCAGUCCUUGAUUCCAAUCAUGAAAGAACAAACGUUUUCCAGAUAUUUAAGGAAAGUGAGGAAGAUGCACAAAUAGAACUAAUUCUGGAGGAGGGAAAAAAGGAUAUAAUACAGGAAACAGAAGAAAACGUUAUCAGAACAUACUCUCAGAGUUUAAGAAAGACAAGAGGUUUAUAAAAUGAGAACAAGCUGUCAUAGAGGGGAACAAUCAGGUGACAGGUGAAAGUCCUUGGACACUAGAAAAGUUACUGCAGAAUUGACGUAGCGCAGAGGUCUGAUAGUGCCCAGUUCCCCGGGCUGCCCAUGGAACUCAGCAUGCUCCCCCACCCCCACCUGUUGGAAGUCCCGCGUGGCUCUGCACCAGCCCACACCCGCCCGACCUCGUGCGCCCCUCCCCCCAUAACGGUCUCCACCGCCCACUUCCGGUCCCUUCGCAGAGCCUGUGACCACACCAACGCCUGGCCCGGAGGACGCCGCCCUCUGCCAGCCGCCGCUGUCGUCCACCAUGGUUGUGCUCCGAAGACCCCGCCACCGCCGCCACUGCCCACGCCGAUGCCGCUACCUGCUCCGGGCCCCUGGCGAACCCACCGCUUUUCCCCUCCUCCCCGCACCCACGCUGCCCGCCCUGGGCUCCCUGUCGCAGGUGCGACGGUACCACCACCCCAGCUGUGAGGCCGCCAUCAACACCCACAUCAGCCUGGAGCUCCACGCAUCCUAUAUGUACCUGUCCAUGGCCUUCUACUUCGACCAGGACGACGCGGCCCUGGAGCACUUUGACCGCUACUUCCUGCACCAGUCUCAGGAGAAAAGGGAGCACGCCCAGGAGCUGAUGAGCCUGCAGAACCUGCGCGGUGGCCGCAUCUGCCUUCAUGACAUCAGGAAGCCAGAGGGCCAAGGCUGGGAGAGCAGGCUGAAGGCCAUGGAGUGCGCCUUCCACCUGGAGAAGAGCAUCAACCAGAGCCUCCUGGAGCUGCACCAGCUGGCCAAGGAGAACGGCGACCCCCAGCUCUGCGACUUCCUGGAGAACCACUUCCUGAACCAGCAGGCCAAGACCAUCAAAGAGCUGGGUGGCCACCUGAGCAACCUGCGCAAGAUGGGGACUCCGGAAGCAGGCCUGGCAGAGUACCUGUUUGACAAGCUCACCCUGGGCCGCAGCCAGAAACACACCUGAGCCCAGACAGGCCCCGCAGCCACGGGGUGCCUUCCCCUGCUCGCGCCACCAGGCGGGGCAUCCAUGUUGCCUUUUCAGAACAUCCUCUUCAUUUUUCUCCUCUCAGUUUGACCAUUGUUAGCAAUAAAGUUAUCUGUUCUCAAAGCAA